AUGGGAGAGGAUAGGAUAAGUGGCCUUGAUGAUGAGGGCUUGGCCUCCAUCUUUAUUGUCUUAAGACUCUGGUUCCAAGUAGCAGAAGACAAUCGCGGAGGGGCUGGCGGCCUUGACGGCAGCGGAGGACCAGGGCGUCAAAGGCUAAGGUCACCCGCUGUUCAAGCCCAUCCGUCUGUCAAAGACUGGCGGCCAGACGCUGCGAGGGCACUGCUGGCCUGGACGAGGGCGCGAGUUGGGGGAGGACCGGUCGCAGCAGCGGCACGGCACUCGAGGGCGCGCGGCGGCGUCCCAGGAGAGUUCUGGGACUCGGGGGGCCGACCUGUCCAUCCGGGCAGGCAGGUGCAGUGGGAGGAGUGGCGCGGGCCCCUCCACCCACGCGUCCAUUGGGCUGCACCGCCGUCACUCUCCCCUCAGCACCACCGCCUUCUCUUUCUCGGCCGAGCCAGGAUCCCCUCCCCCCACUCCGCCCCGCCCCGCCCUGGGGGCCUCUCAUUGGACCUAGGCGCGGUCGCUCCAUCUCGAUUCAGGGAGCUGAUUGGACACGAGGCCUUCGGGCCGCCCCCAGCCUGCUUGGAUUGGCUUGCUGCGCGUUGGCGCAACGGAAGAGGCGGCCGGCCGAGGGUGCGCUUCUGCUCCGGCUGGACGGCCGCGGAGGAAGCGACGAGGGAUCCGGCGCUGGGGGCCUGGCUCGGGCGGCAGCGGUGGCUGCUGCGGAUGGGAGCCGGACGGCUCGGCGCGCCCAUGGAAAGGCGGGAGCGGCCCGGCUCAUACGGCGGCGCUACCUCAGUCUCCCGCCAGCGCGUCGAAAGCCUCAAGAAGAAGCGGCCUCGUAAGUGCCCAGCGGGGCGCCCGAGCGGGUCGCCCUGCCCCCUUCCGGCAGGGCCGCCGUUUUUCCCGCGCGCCCGCGCAGGGACAGUGCCCUCGCACGGUGGUCCCAGAGGGGAUGCCUUAUUAAAUGAAGUUUUUGUUUCUGUUUGGCUUGUUGAAAAGUCUGAAUACAUUUUUAUUUCAUUACAGAUAGGUGAUCUUCAGCUUUGCAAACUUGAUGAACUAGAUUGCUUAGUAAAAGGAAUUCUAUACAUUGACUCAGUUGGAUUCAAUGGACGGUCACAAUGCUAUUACUUUGAAAACCCUGCUGAUUCCGAAAAAUGUCAGAAGUUACCAUUUGAUUUGAAAAAUCCAUACCCUCUGCUUCUGGUGAACAUUGGCUCUGGGGUUAGCAUCUUAGCAGUAUAUUCCAAAGAUAAUUACAAGCGGGUCACGGGUACCAGUCUUGGAGGAGGAACUUUUUUUGGUCUCUGCUGUCUUCUUACUGGCUGUACCACUUUUGAAGAAGCUCUUGAAAUGGCGUCUCGUGGAGAUAGCACCAAAGUGGAUAAACUAGUGCGAGACAUUUAUGGAGGGGACUAUGAGAGGUUUGGACUGCCAGGCUGGGCUGUGGCUUCGAGCUUUGGAAACAUGAUGAGCAAGGAGAAGCGAGAGGCUGUCAGUAAAGAGGACCUUGCCAGAGCAACUUUGAUCACCAUCACCAACAACAUUGGCUCAAUAGCAAGAAUGUGUGCCCUUAAUGAAAACAUUAACCAGGUGAUAUUUGUUGGAAAUUUCUUGAGAAUUAAUACGAUCGCCAUGCGGCUUUUGGCAUAUGCUUUGGAUUAUUGGUCCAAGGGACAAUUGAAAGCACUUUUUUCGGAACAUGAGGGUUAUUUUGGAGCCGUUGGAGCACUCCUUGAGCUGUUGAAGAUCCCCUGAUCAUUACCUGGGGAGGGUUCCUGGAACCUUACACAAUGCGAUCUGUGGACUUUUGUUUUUUAAGAGACUUAUUCAGUUUUAUAAUUGUGUGCUACCCAAAUCAAAGCAAGAAAGGACAAGUGUAUUUUUCUAAGUCAUCAAGAUAAAUCCUUAAAGAUUCAAUCUAAACUAGUACCCAGUGAGGAAAGAUGCGUAUAAAAAAAGUGACCAUGUCCGUGGCAGUGAGGGUUUGCUGUAUUUUACUGCUCUUCAGUGUAGCUUUGUUAACCUUGCUGUGUAGUUUUGAAAUUUAGCGUCACUCACUGGAGCCGCUUUAGGGGAGCUGUUCUCUGUUCAGCUGACUGUGGUUUUGUGUCCUGCUGAACUUGCUAAAUGUAAGGCAAGCUGCUGUGUGUUAUAAUCUGAUGACAGUUUUGUCACUAUGGCCUUGGCGAUCAUCUGUGCAUUAACUCUGGUGUGCAUUUAGCCUUUGUGUAAACCUUUUGAAAAACAUGUUUUAUUUCAAGGUUCUG